AUGGACAACCUGGGCGAAGCGCAGGACGUGAACAAGGGCCUCUGGCCGGCCGAUCAACCCAUUGGGUCUCACUAUUCGGUUAAAGAACAGCUUCCACGGAUGUUGAGAAUGCUGGCGCGACACAACAUCAAAGGGACCUACUUUUGCGAGUCGUGGAGCCUCAGCGUUUACCCUGGCGCGGUGAGGGACCUCCAGGACCAAGGGCACGAAGUUGCGUGGCACGGCUAUCAGCACGAAAGCUGGGGCGGGCUCUCGGCGGAAGACGAGAGGGCCAACUUUGACAAGAGCUUCGAAGCAGCGCGGCAAAGCGAGCUUGGGGUCAAGCAAGGCAUCACAAUCCUGCCAUUUGAAUGGAAGACCGUCGACGCAUUCUACUACAUGGAGAAAUUCUCCGCCAUUCGACAGUCCCACGGAGAAACCGCGGCCCCCUUGUCCCCGAGCGAUUUUGAGUCCUACCUGCUCGCCAAGAUCGACGAGGUCAUCGCGUCGCGAGGUUACAUCUCGAUCCUCUUCCACCCUUUCCUCCAGACCAGCGAAGAGAAGCUUGCCGUCAUGGAGACGAUACUGGGCCGCCUUAGCCGGGAUCCCACAAUUUGGUGUGCGCCUUGCGGAGAGGUAGCUAGCUGGGUGGCAACUCACCCCUCCGCUUUUGCAUGA